AUGUAUGACAAUAAUUCAUCUACAAUAAAUAUUGAACCAUGGUUUAUUCCAUUAGAUAUUCUCAUGAUUAUAUGUCUUAUAUUUGUUAUAAUACCAGUUUUAAUAUUUUUAUUAAUUAUUUUAAUUGAUAGAACAUGUCAUACAGUUCCAAUGAUGCUUGUUGCUAAUUCAUGUUUAGCACAAUUUAUUUUAGGUAGUGAUAGACUUGUUAUAACUCUAUCUGCAUUAAAUAAUGAUCUUAAACAAAUUCAAUAUCAAAAUUCAUUUUGUAUAGUUGGUGGUUACUUAACAUAUGUUUCUUGUGCUGUACUUAAUUAUUCAUUUUUAUUACAAGCACUUCAUCGGUAUAUUCUUGUAAUUUACCCAACACGUUUAUUUUGGCAAAGAUUACAAAAUCAAGCUUAUCUUAUUGGUCUAUCAUGGAUUUAUGCAUUUAUAUUUCCUAUUGCAUUUAUAUUUACUGGUGAUAUAACUUAUAAUGUUGACAAUCAAAUAUGUCAAAUACCACUUAGACUUUCAGUUCAACUUAAUUUUGUUGCAUUUUCCGUUUAUAUACUUCCUAUUGUCUCAACUUUAUUGAUUUAUUGGAGAUUAGUUCGAUAUGUUAAUGAAAUAAAUCGACGUUCAACAUCUGUCAAUACAAUAUCACGUGCACAACGUGAAUUAAAAAUGUUCCGUCGUACUGUAAUACUUUUAUUAAUAUUAUUUGUAAUUGAUUUUCCAUAUGCAUUAUUUAUGUUUAUGUCAUUUUUUAAUCAAGCACCAAAAUAUCAUUUUCGUAUUGCUUUUAUAUUUAUUGAUUUUGCAUUAGCAUGUGUAAUGAUUGUUUUAUUUCAAUUUACAGAUCCACUUAAAAAAUUAAUUAUGAAAAAAUUAAGUUUACGAUCAGAAACGGUUGUUCCAGUAUUGGCAUAA